UCACUUAGUUUGGCCUCAGGGAACAGAACAGUCAGAGAGGAAAUAUUUUCAUCCAUGAUGACACACCUGAAGAUGUUGAUGGUACUUCAUCAUCCACAGCAACAGAUCGUGGCGUGCUUGUUGAACAAGCUUGGGGCCUAUAAUCAGUGGGGGGCAACAUCACUGGCAAAGAGGUGCUGUCACUGUCAUCAGAAGAGGUACCUGAAAUUACAUCUUUACAGAUGUCAAGUC